GUCCGGCCCUUCUGGGCGGGGGUUUCGCCGGCGCUCGGUUCCACGGCUCCCGGCCCGGUGUGGCUGCGGUGGGUGCCGGUCCCUCUGCCCAGCCCAGGUAAUUUUGCAGAGCCGUCUGCCGCCGCGUGUCUUUGUUCAUGAUGCACCCAGCAGCUGUCAGCUUUGCCCCGGACCAGGAGCCCCUGCUGGAGGAUCCCGUGGGGAGCAGGUACAGCCGGCAGAAGCCAAGUGACCGCUGGCAUGGCGCCUACGUGAUAUUUUUUCUCCUGGGCAUCGGGUCCCUCCUGCCCUGGAAUUUCUUCAUCACGGCCAAACACUACUGGAGGUACAAGCUGCAGAACUGCUCUGAGGAGGCAGGCCCGGUGGGGCAGGCUGCGUCAGACCUGCAGGACUAUUUUGAGAGUUACAUCUCCAUCGCCUCCACCGUGCCCUCCGUGCUGUGCCUGAUUGGAAAUUUCUUGCUUGUCAACAAGGUUCCCGCCAGUGUCCGCAUCCUGUCGUCCCUGUUUGUCAUGCUGGCUGUUUUCCUGGUGAUCACGGUGUUGGUGAAGGUGGACACCUCUGCCUGGACCACGYCUUUCUUCGCCCUCACCGUGGGCUGUGUGGCCGUGGUCAGCAGUGCCUCCACAGUCUUCUCCAGCAGCAUCCUGGGCCUGAGCAGCUGCUUCCCCAUGAGGAACCUGCAGGCUUUGAUCUCAGGCCAGGCCAUGGGUGGCACCAUCAGCGCCGUGGCCUCCCUGAUAGACCUGGCGGCAGCGGCUGAUGUCACCGACAGCGCCCUGGCCUACUUCCUCACUGCUGACAUCUUCAUCGUCAUCUGCAUCAUGGUGUACCUGCUGCUGCCCAGGCUGGAGUACUCCAGGUAUUACCUGAGCAGCCUGAAGGAGAGCCCYGCCCUGGUCCCUGUGCCCCCUGACAGCUCCGCGGAAGACGAGGCAGAGCCAGGGAGCGCUGCAAAUUCCUGCUCACUCGUGAGAAGCACCAGCAUCCCCCCGCUCCGCCCCAUCCUGCAGAAGACUGCYCUCCUCGGCUUCUGCCUCUUUUACGUCUUCUUCAUCUCCAUCAUCAUCUUCCCCUCCCUCUCCUCCAACAUCGAGUCCGUCAGCAGGUCCUCUGGGAGCCCGUGGAGCACCAAGUACUUCACGCCGCUCACGUGUUUCCUCCUGUACAACUUUGCUGACUGGUGCGGGAGGCAGRUCACUGCCUGGAUCCAGGUGCCCGGCCCCAAGAGCAAACUGCUGCCUGCCCUCGUCCUCCUCAGAACUGUCUUCAUCCCUCUCUUCAUCCUCAGCAACUACCAGCCCCGGGCUCACAUCCGGACCGUGGUGUUCAACCGGGACAUCUWCCCCGUGGUCUUCACGGCACUGCUGGGGCUCAGCAAUGGCUACCUGGGCACGCUGGUCAUGGUCUACGGCCCCAAAAUCGUGCCCAAAGAGCUGGCUGAGGCAGCAGGGGUGGUGAUGACGUUUUACCUCGUGCUGGGGCUGGCUCURGGGUCUGCCUGUGCUAUUUUUGUGGAGCACCUCAUAUAGGGGGGCCCUUGUUUUGUGGUGCUGCCAUUGGGUAUUUAGGGGUUUUUUUUCCCCCAAAAAAAGCCAGGCCUGUUGUGUUUUUGAGGCAGGCUGCCUGUCUUGGGAAGUGGGGGGUAGCUGCAUCCAGGGGAUGCAGAGGAAACGUUUCCCUUCUGGGAAGGGGCAUCUCCUGUGCUUGGGGAGGUUGUGUCAGACAUUGAUGCUCUGUGGUUCAAUGGAGCAGGGACCAAAACAGCCUCAUCCUCCCCAGGGAGCUCAGGGAAACACCAAGGAUACAGGAAUACUGUCCCUCACCCCUGUGCCAGGGGUUUUAGGCUGAACCYAGGGCUUUUGGGGGGACCUUGGGUUUUGCUGCCACACUGUUACAAGUUCAGCCCUUCAGGGGUCGGGUGGUCUUUGGGGGAGAUCCCCCCUCACCAAGCUGUGAUGGUGGUGUUGAUCUAAAAGGGAUUUGAGCCCUGGGGCACCCUCACAAUUUAGGGAAUGGAUAGCUAAAAGGGAUUUGAGCCCUGGAGCAGCUUCACACAAUUUAGGGAGCGAGUAGCAGCUGCACCCAGGAAUCAGGGCACUCUUUUUCACAGAUUUCGUAUGAUCAUUCCACAAAAAUGCAUGUAAGGGAAAUCUUUCCACUUGGACUCUUGUUUGCUUUAAUUUUUCCACGUAAAGUUGAAUUGAGGGAUCAUGUACCUCCUAGCAUGGUGCCAUUAGUACUGGGGUGGCCAAGCUGAGAGGAGCAUUUCUCCUGCUGUGACUGUGGUGUAACCCCCAAGAAAAGGGAAAUGCUGGGGGGUCCUCCUAACCUGGGGUUUCUGAGAUGUCUUUAGUCUGUGUUCAGAGAGCUCUGUGAAAGCUAGGGAAGRGUAUGAGGGAGGCCCUGGUGUAAGGUUCACAGCUGAAAUCUGGGUAAUUCAUGUAGACAGGCAGCAUAUGGCCUCCAGAUGUGUUCAGAGGGGUGAGCUACUGUGACACCCAAAAAUACAGCCCACCCAAAGAGGACUGGCUUUUAAAGUCAUUUAAACUCCCAUAUGCCAGCACAGCCUGGACCAAAUCCGAUUAUUGUAUUUAUUUUCUCAAAUUGGCUGGAUUUAUGGUCUGGGAGAGGUGAACUGAUAAGCACGGGUAUAAUGGCAGUGAUGCCUUGGAGAUGCUGUCUGUGGAAAUUAAUUCCUUUAAGAGUGGGUUAGGGGCAGAUGCUCCAUUGUGGGGAUGCUCUCAGCACCUCCUGCGUGUCCCAGUAGUGGUGGAGCUGUUGGGUGUGGGACUUUGCUGGGAGAGCAGCAGGAUCCAGGGUGGUUAUUGCCCUGGGUGUGGUGUACAUGGGGGUUUUUAAGUAAAUCCUUCCCAGGGUUUGGUUUGGGCCCCUUGGCAAUGCACACUUUAUAGAUUCUAUCUGUUUCAGCAUCAAAUCCACAAGGGGAAGAUUUUUCAGUGAGGGGCAGAUUUAUGGCAARUGUGGGCACUUAAUCGUGUCCCUUUGGUGGGUUUGGAGUCCUUUGGCCCCCACACUUGGCCAGGGACUGCCAUGACCCAGGGGAGGGCCCACCCAAGGGCUGAGGGUGAGAGUGCUGGGUGCUCCUUACUGGAGUCAGUGCUCCUAUCCCCUCCCUGGUGCUGGAAUAACACAGCAGUUGGUCGAAAGGCCCACCCAAYCUGGUGCUGGCAACCAAAAAGUCCCUUUGUGGCCUUCAAGCAUUUUCCCCAAUCCAAGGGAUGAUGAAAUUCAGCUUGUUUUCUUACUAYUUUGCAUCUCUGCCCCUCCUCUCCUUGGUGCUGCUGACCAAAUUCCUCUGGAGGGAGAAGUUAAUUAUCCGGUACCGUUGCUAAUAAAGAUAAUUCUUG